UUUUAAAAGUAUACCAUGUGAAACUCUGCAAACUCUUAAUAUUUUAAUCUAAUAAAAUCUGUUGUAUCAUUAAAACAUGACUUUGAAAUUUGAUUCCUUACCUAUAAAGAACUCUAUAUAUAACAACAACAACCGAAAACACAACUCCACCAAAAAGCAUCAAUCUUUCUCUGAUUUCAUAAAACAGAAUAGAGAUUUAUAAAACUUCUUGCUUUUAAAGAUGGCGAUUAGAUUGUCGCGUGUGAUCAACUCUAAACAGUCCCAAAAACAGCAAUCUCGAGUCCCGAAAGGACAUGUUGCGGUUUAUGUCGGAGAAGAGAUGGAGAGCAAGAAGAGAUUCGUGGUUCCGAUUUCGUAUUUGAACCAUCCUUCAUUUCAAGGUUUGCUUAGUAGAGCAGAGGAAGAGUUUGGUUUCAAUCAUCCAAUCGGUGGAUUAACGAUUCCAUGCAGAGAAGAAACAUUUGUUGGUCUUUUGAAUUCUUAUGGUUGUAUUGUUUCAACUUGAGACAACUUUUUUGGGAAAGCCCAAAACUUUUUUUUUUCUUUCUAUAGAAUUACUUUUUUUGUUGUUGUUCCCUUUGUUUAUUUCUGCAAAGGAGAACAUAUUGAUUCAGCAUGUAAAUAUGUUGUGUAACUUGUCAAAUCAGGUUAUGCUCUUAUGUACUUCCAGAAAACAUUGAUGAAAAAUAUUUUCAUGUUUUCGAAGAUAAUAAUAACAUAUGAAUUCAU